AUGGCUACUGUUCUCCCUAAGUUUUCUGAUCUGUACAGCUUGAAAGAAGAAGUAGGGCGUGGAGCAUUCUCAGUAGUUCGAAAAUGCAUUCAGCUCUCAACAGGUCUAGAAUUUGCCGCAAAGAUCAUAAAUACAAAGCGUCUGUCAACUCGAGAUAUGCAGAAGUUGGAACGCGAAGCCAGGAUAUGCAGGCUUCUAAAGCACCCUAAUAUAGUUCGCCUGUACGAUGACAUUCAGGACGAAGGGUUUCACUACCUCGUAUUUGAUCUAGUAACUGGCGGUGAACUCUUCGAGGACAUAGUUGCUCGGGAAUUCUACAGUGAAGCCGAUGCUAGCAACUGUAUGCAGCAAAUCAUUGAAAGUGUCAAUUACUGUCAUCAGAAUAAUAUUGUACAUCGAGAUUUAAAGCCAGAAAAUUUGUUACUUGCUAGUAAAUGUAAAGGGGCUGCAGUGAAACUAGCGGAUUUCGGUCUGGCGAUAGAAGUUCAGGGUGAUCAACCAGCCUGGUUUGGUUUUGCUGGCACUCCUGGUUAUCUUUCUCCAGAAGUAUUGCGUAAAGAACCAUAUGGCAAAGCGGUAGACGUUUGGGCUUGUGGUGUUAUACUUUACAUUCUUCUUGUUGGAUACCCUCCAUUUUGGGAUGAAGACCAAAACCGAUUGUACAGUCAAAUCAAAUCUGGGGCAUUUGAUUAUCCUUCGCCAGAAUGGGAUACAGUUACUCCUGAAGCCAAGAAUUUAAUCAACCAAAUGCUAACAGUCAGUCCUGCAAGGCGAAUCACAGCUGCAGAAGCUCUCAAGCAUCCAUGGAUUUGUCAACGAGAACGUGUUGCUUCCUUGGUUCAUCGUCAGGAGACAGUGGAGUGCUUAAAGAAAUUCAAUGCAAGACGUAAACUAAAGGGUGCUAUACUUACGACUAUGCUGGCCACACGUAAUUUUUCUAUGAAAAAGGAUGAUAGUUCUGGUCGGGGUACCGUUCCAGGAGGUCAUACUUCUGUGGUUAAGAAAUCUAACGACGGUAUCAAGGAACCAUCUGACAGCACCACUGUAGUAAUGGAAGACUCGGCUGACAUAAAAAAAUUAUUGGCUUGUAGUACCAUUGUCAAAGCAGAGAGCUCUGUUGAAAGCAAGAAACAGGACAUCAUUAGGGCAACAGAACAAUUACUAGCUGCUGCAGCAGCUGGCGACUUUGAACUCUACCUUAAAUUUUUAGAUUCUCAGUUUACUUAUUUCGGUCCAGAAGCAUGCGGAAAUUUACUUGAAGGAGCAGAUUUCCACAAGUUCUACUUUGAACAAAUCAUUCCGAAAUCAGUGGUUCGUGCCAUUCACACGAGUAUACUCAACCCGACUGUACAUUUAAUGGGUGAAGAUGCAGCUUGUAUUGCCUACACAAGACUCACUCAGUUCCUUGAUAAAUGUGGUAUGCCCCAUACACAACAAACAGAAGAAACUCGUGUUUGGGUAAGACGUAAUGAUCGUGGCUGGCAGAAUGUACAUGUACAUCGUUCGUGUUUAUCAUCAGGUUCAGGUGGUGGCGGUUUCUCUAAUAUUAGUACAACUGGAUCAGCUAGCUUCAAUUAUCCACUUUAAAGUCAAAAAUAAUAUUGCUCAGAUCAUAGGGAGAUAUUAUGACAAGAAAGUAUGUAUGUGUAUACAUAUAAUAUCGUAAAUUUCUUGCUUUAAUACUGAAUCAAUUCCAUCUGUCUUUUUUGCGUUUUUUUUUCCUUUCGUAAAAUUUUAACACAAUUUAUCAAAUUAAUGAAAACCAGGUUUAUCGGCAUAAAAAUGUAAACCUAUUCUUUUUUUUCUUUCGUCUGUACCAAACUCUGCUCAUACUGUUGAUAUGCACACUAGUUCUCCAGUUCCUUUCUUUUUUUUAAAUACGAUAUGUGGUCACUUAGUCUGUUAAAUGUUCACUUAUUUGAUGGUUGAUUUGUAUGUGCAAUCGGAUUCUUGCUUCGUAUCCUCGUUAAUCUACCUAUUUAGUCACAUUGAUUUAUCAUACUCAUAAGUGUGGGAUUAAACACCUGACAUUCCACUUUACUCAUUUGUUCUUAGUUGGUAAUCAAGUAGUAAGUGAUUUCAUUCUCUUAAUUACUGAUUUGCCGAGAAUACUCACAAAAUAAAAAUAUUACAUUGUUUCUCUGUAAGGAAUUCAGAUUGCUGCACCACUUCAUGUGAUGAUUGUCGGAAUCACUGUACUCUAACAUCGGCUUACAUUAAUACCACCACCUAAUUUAUGACUACUUGUCUAAUCAGACUAUAAUAUCUGCUUUUUACUCACUGUUAAACAGGAAAAAUGCGAUGUCCAUGCUACAUUUAGUGCGCAUUUUGCAUCUUUUGAUAAUAUCGACACUCGUCCUCUUUUCACUGUAACACUUAUGUGUAUCUCAGUUCACUUGAUUGAUAUCUAGUUUGUUUUUUUUGUUUUUUAAUUUACUGAGUAUUCCUUCUCGACUCCGUAUCAUGGUCUCUCAUUGAUCAUGACUUUUUUUCCAAAAGCAUAAAAUCCUAUUCACAUUUUACACACAUUGCACACUUUUACACCACCAUCUGUAAUCGACUGUGAUGCUUUUUUCUUGUAUCCUUCUGUAUUUGUUUUCCUUUAUUACUUCAUUUUUAAAUCUUUGCGCUUAUGUUCAAUAAAACUGGUGUGACAUUGUUGUAAUGUUGUAAUUUAUUCGUGAUUCCUUUUUACGUCGAAUCGCAUAUAUAUAUUUUGUUUCUCUACAAUCUUUGUUUUAUGAUGCUUUAUUUCAGUCUCAUUGUUGUUACAUAAUUAUGCUUUCCAAACAAGCAUGCAUGUCUUUCACUGCUUCAUAUUUAUUGGAUAUUUAAUAAUAUUUAUCAUUGUUUCGUCCGGAUAACAUUCUAAUCUUUUCUUCUGUGUACAAUCGUUUGUCAAGCCUAAUUUUUUUUUCAUUAAUGUUGUGGUCUUGUGGAUGAAUAAUUUAUUUCGUAUUCGUAUAUCUUGUUCCUGUUGUUUGUCUCUUUAGAUUCCCCCCCCCCAAAAAAAUACACAUUUUAUUUGUACUUGUCAUAGUGAGUAUCCUAUUUUAUCCUUCCCCAUUACAAAAAAAGUAACUAACUACUUAUAUUUAUUUCAACAGAAAUCAAUGAUAAUAUUUACAAUUUUUGUCGUUCGAAUAUUCAUGAGCUGUGCCCUCCUGAAACUUUGUCCACCAAAAUUACGUGUGUAUACAAGUGUUCAUCAGCUCUGGGCAAAAAAAGAGACAGUAAUGUGAAUUUAACUUUCCUAGUCAAAUUUGUCAACAUCUUUUUUCAUUUGGGGGUGCUAACACUUUUUCAACAUAUAUAAUUUCUGUUUUGUUUUUUAUUUUAAUGACUACAUUCAGUUUUUACUACUGUAUGCUUCCAGUAAACUAAAGCAACAUAAUUCAAUACAUCUGUUGUUGUUUUUUUUUUUAAAAAAACCUUUAUAUGAAUUCUCUUUAUUUUAAGAAAAUGUUCUUUUAUUCCAAAAACCAGUUGCACAGUUUCUAUAUUAUGGAAACAUUGCUUUUCCUAAUUACAAGCAUGUUUUGUGUUUAUAUUAAACUUAUGUGUAAUUAAAAAUCAAUCAGUAAGCUGAAUGCAAUGCUUUACAUUGGACUAUUAUCACUAUAUUAUUGGUAAAUCCUCUUCCUGGUACACUAUUUUAAUCAAUUAAUAUAAUCUACUUCAUAGGCGCCCAUUUAAAUGCAAGUCUGUUUUUCUCUGAUACUAGUUAACACUGAACUGUUGGUUGGUUUCUUCACUGAUUCGUCGACAAGAAUAUACAAUGUUUGUAGUUUGAAGUCUUUUCUCGGUGAUGCCAUGCCUAUCUGUCACAUUUGUUUGUUUGCUUCUCUCACUAGUUAUCUGUUGUUCCCUUGUUGUUAUUUUAUGUUUCCUACAAAAAAAGGUCAAAACAGGUUUACACUAAUGAGUCUUUUUUAUGUUUCUUGUAUUUUCUGUUGUUAAGUAUUAUUUGAUUAGGAAGAUUGACCAUGACUGGAAGUACCAUAUUUAUAUAUUUCUGUCCAACAACUUAUCUGGAACCUCGUAUUUGUUUUGGUUGUUUUCUCGUUAUUUAUUAUCGUUUAUUCCUCAAUUUGUUCAUCUCAUUUAUUUUGCUCACACAUACACACACACACCUUCCCAGCUUACAUGUGUACUAGCUGGUAAAAAAAACCAGAAAUAUAAAAUUACUCUU